AUGAUGUUACCGAGCCCCGUCACCUCCACCCCCUUCUCUGUCAAAGACAUCCUCAGCCUGGAGCAGCAGGAGCCGCGCUAUGGGGGCCCGCUGCAGCAGCACCUGGACCAGCACUUCCACUCGGCAGCCUGCCUGCUGGCUGCCACGGACGGCUCCCGCUUCUCCGACGGAGAGGAGGAGGAGGAGGAGGAGAAGCUGUCCUACCUGAGCUCCAUGGCCGCGGCGGAGAGCCAAGGAGACGUGGGGCUCUGCCCGGAAAAUUACCUGCACGCGGUGCUGCGAGGCUCGUGUGAGCCCAACGGCCCGGGAGAGGAGCUGGAGCCUGCGGGGGAUCGGGACCCCAAGCGCUGCGCCCUGAAGCAGCAGCCGGGCGCCGCCGAGAAGCCGGAGGAGGCGGAGAGGCCGAAGCCGCGGAGCCGCAGGAAGCCGCGCGUCCUUUUCUCGCAGGCUCAGGUCUUCGAGCUGGAGCGGCGCUUCAAGCAGCAGCGCUACCUGUCCGCGCCGGAGCGCGAGCACCUGGCCAGCAGCCUCAAGCUCACCUCCACGCAGGUGAAGAUCUGGUUCCAGAACCGGCGCUACAAGUGCAAGCGGCAGCGGCAGGACAAGUCGCUGGAAAUGGGUCCCGCGCCGCCGCCGCCGCCGCGCCGGGUGGCCGUGCCGGUGCUGGUGCGGGACGGGAAGCCCUGCCUGGGGGGCUCGCCGGGCUACGGCUCGCCCUACAACACGCCCUACUCCUACAACGGCUUCCCGCCCUACGGCUAUGGCAGCUCAGCCCCCUACAACGCCAGCUACGGCUGCAACUACCCCGCGGGCGGCGCGGGCGGACAGUCCGGCUGCAGCCCGGGCGCGGGCGCGGGGCCCUUUGUGAACAUGGGCGGCCUGGGCGGGUUCGGCGGCGCGGCCCAGCCCCUGCACCAGGGCGCCGCGGGGCCCUCCUGCAGCCAGGGCGCCCUGCAGGGAAUCCGGGCCUGGUAGCCGCGGCCGCGGCGGACACUCUGGGCCAGGAAAGAGCCUGGUGGCCCCGGGGAAGGACAGGGAACGGCGCCG